AUGUGUUAUUUGCCGUUUGGUGAAGGACCAAGACAUUGCAUAGGGCGUCGCUUUGCCGAACAAAAUUUACGCUCUGCUCUGGCAGCGAUCGUAUUUAAUUUUGAGCUCCGUCCAAAGCCGAAUGCUCCUUUGCCUUCUGAAACUGAACCCGAAAAGAAAGGAAUGUUCCUUAUGCCCGGACAACAUCUUUACUUGAAGUUUAUACCGAGACACGCACUCAACCAAUAA